AUGCCCAUAUGGGCGAUGCGACGUGCGGAAGCAGUAAAAACAGUAUGCUCUACCCUGGCGACGACCACGAACGACCGUCUACGGGCCCAACAUGAAGUAGCUAACGUGUCCUCUCUAGUCUGCGGCUUCGUCCAUCGAUCACCGAAAGACGGCAACGGGGACCUCACGUUCGGCUUCCCGAUUGUGGGCCUGGACCCUCUCGGCGAGGGCACCAAGGAUCCCGAAGUGAAACGACUGAAGACCAUCGAUCCCGAGACCGAAGGACUUCGAGUGAAACUGACAGGCGGCUCAUACAAGGGCGACGCGAACGACCAGAAGCCUAAGACAGCCGGUGCUAUCAUUGAUUUCCAGUGUGAUCACGAGCGAUCCGGGCUCGAGGGAUUGUAUACCCUCGUGGAGCCCAAGCAGCGCAGGCGCAGGGAGGAAGAAGCUGCGCCCAAGACCAACACCAGCAGCUUGCAGUUCAAGAGCUUUGGACCAUCGGAUGACGAUACCUACAUUCUGCGUUUGGAUUGGCGUACAAAAUACGCCUGUGACAACUACGAGGAGGAGAAUGGCAGCCCGUCUUCAAGCAAGAGCUGGGGUUUCUUCACCUGGUUGAUUGUCAUUGCUUUCCUUUGCAUCGCCGCUUACCUUAUCUUCGGCUCGUGGCUCAACUACAACCGCUACGGGGCCCGCGGCUGGGAUCUCCUUCCCCACGGCGACACUAUUCGUGAUGUCCCCUACAUCUUCCAGGACUGGCUUCGUCGUGUGGUCAACACUUUGCAGGGAGCAGGCUCGCGCGGUGGAUACAGUGCGGUAUGA